CAGAGUGAGAACCCGAUUCUGAGUCGAUUUUGUGACCUGUAGCGCCUCGAGAAUCCGGUCAAAAUCGGCGUCAGAAUCGGGCGAGAAUCGCCCACUCUGACCGCGUGGGCGUCCCAAAGCCAAAGCAGCGGGAGCUCUAUAGCUAGAGUCACCCGCGCGCUAGUUCGAGUAUUCCGAAUCGCACAAACCGACGACGGACACGCCAUCCGUCCCCUCGCUGCCCAUUGGAGAGCACAAACAGACCGCCUGCAUGCCCUUGCCGGAACAUCACGCGUGCCCUUAUAUGCCCCGCAAUAUUGUCCCGUGGCCCCUAACACGUCCCUCGUCUCCGUCCCCGCCUUUUCUGCUGCUGUGCGGCUAAUUAUAUUCAGUCUCGUCCGCUCCCUUAUCCCGCACGACAUGCAGUGUAGCAAGCAGGCUAACGCGCCCCUUAUGCUGCCGUACGCCCAGUGGAAGAGCUGGCCGGAACGCAUACGACAUUUCACGCCAGUAUGGCAUGCAGUCAUCAUGGGUACAGGUGCUAUCUCCGCCCUUCUCAACGACUUUCCUUAUGGACAGGAUAACGACAACUUCAAAAUCGCCGCAUGCGUCUUCUUCAUCCUGAACCUCAUCCUGUUCGUAUUCAUCUGCGUAUGCUCGUUCCUGAGAUACGUGUUGAAUCCUGAUGUUUUCUGGCUCAUGAUCGGGCACCCGGCACAAAGUCUGUACAUAGGGUGCUUUCCAAUGGGCAUAACUACCCUCAUCAGCUCUGCUCUUGCUCUCAAUCAGAACUGGAGCUUUGGAGGACCAGGAUUCCUCUACGCUCUAUGGGGCUUCUGGUGGCUUGACUCUGCCCUCUCUUACCUCGUCUGCUACGGCAUGAUCUACACCAUGGUCGUACGGCACGAACAGUCCAUCUCGAACAUGGCCGCAGUCUGGCUCCUGCCCGUCGUCACGCUCGUCGUCGCAUCCUCGACAGGCGGGCUCCUAGCGCAGGCGAUCAAAGUUCAUUCACACACGUCGGCGCUCGUUACGACCGCAUUCUCGUUCACGAUGCUCGCGAUGGGGCUUGCGUUCGCGCUCAUGAUGAUCACCAUCUACCUCCUCCGGCUCAUCAUACGCGGCGUGCCCGAUCCCGGGCUCGUCCUCUCCGCGUUCAUCGUCCUUGGCCCGCUUGGCCAGGGCGGCUUCUCCCUCCUCGUCAACGGCAGCGUCAUCUCGGAGCUCCUCCCGUUGCAUAUCCAGGGCGAUUUCCCGCAGAGCGCGCUGGCAGGCCAGAUGAUCUAUGCGGUCUGCUUUUGCGCGAGCUACGCCCUGUGGAGCAUGGGCAUCGCAUGGAUUGUGCUUGCGGUGUGCUCCAUAUAUCAUGUGGUCGGCGUGAGGCGGACGACGCUUCACUUCAAUAUGGCAUACUGGGGACUGAUCUUCCCCAACGGCGUGUUUGCGCUGCUGACGGUCCAGCUCUCGCGCGUGCUCGAUAGCGGAUUCUUCAGGGUCGUGGGCUCGCUAUGGUCUGCGCUCGUGUUCCUCCUAUGGGGCGCCAUAUUCUUGCGCAGCAUACCGCCGUUCAUCGACGGCACGCUGUUCAAGGCGCCAUGUUUGCCGGAUGGCUCGGUAGCUGCGCAGCUCCUCCCCACCGUUCACACACCCUCCCCCGCGGCGGCUCAUGGCGAGAAGUCGUCUGUGUCUUCUGAUUCCACUUUUGACGAGCAGGGUCAUAAGAGCGAAUGACUGCAGGGAUGUGAGCGACUCGUUCGCAGAUAGGAACUUCAUAUGAGGAGUUUAAACCACGAGAGGGAAUGCUUGAGGAGCGGUCGGCAUUUGUUGUAUACAUAUACGUACGUAGCUCUUCCCAUCUAAUAUUUGCUAGAUAUAGACACUUGCUUCGUGCUGUAUAGUGACACAUCAUUCAAUUAAUGCAAGC